AUGUUUUCUCGCACUCGCACCUUUCCUCUCAUUCCCAUGGCCUCCAAAGUGUGUGCCUCUCCACACGAAGCUCUAUACUCUACCCACAUUGUUGGCGAUAAGCCCGUUCUGGUUCGGGAUUUUAUUCAUUCCGCACUCUACCAUCCCUUACAUGGCUACUUCUCCCAAAGAUCGGGCUCCGUUGGAGUUCUUCCUAAUGCUAUCAAGUUCAAUCAGCUUCAAGGCCGUAAAGCUUAUAUGAGGUACUUGGAUAAUAUUUACAGGCAGAGUGACAUAUCAUGGUUUACACCAGUGGAACUUUUUAAGCUCAACCUUCUUGUCAACAGGGGCUGCAAAACAGUAGAAAUUGAUUUAAAGGAUCAAUUGCCUUGGUAUGCUCAUGCUAUUGCUGAAGCCAUCAUGCGCACUGCAAAUUUCUCUGUUCCUCUAAAAAUAUAUGAAAUUGGUGGUGGAUCUGGAACUUGUGCCAAGGGUAUAAUGGAUUACAUAAUGUUGAAUGCUCCUGCAAAAGUUUAUAACAAUGAGACGGUUUGGACCAAUGCUGCUGGCCUGAAAACUAAUAUACCUAUUUUGGCCUGCUCAGUUGAGAUUAGUCCUUCACUUGCCGAGGUGCAAAGAGAAACUGUUGGUGAUGUGCGCAGCCAUAUACCAAAGUUCAAGGUAGAAUGUCGUGAUGCUGCUGAUUGGAGUGGAUGGGUAGAUGGAAGCCUCUCGAAGGGCAAGCGUGUGUUGUGCUUUUGGCUGUCUACUGCUAUUGCUUCACUCUGGACUGCUAUUAGUGAAAUGGUCAGCCACAAGAAGUCAGCCAUUUUCAGGUACUUGAUAAUCUUCCACAUGAUCUUAUCUAUGCAGAGAAUCAAAUUUCCUCAUGGAUGGAAGUGUGGGUUGAGAGGCAACAUGACCGGUAAGGCUCAGUUUUAUGUAUGGGUGCUGAACAUACUGGUGUACAUAUCCCUUGACACAUAUUCUAGUGCUUCACUAGAUAGUAGCUCAAAAUCUUUGGCAAGCAUUGUGUUCACCUAUAUCAACUUUCCCAAUAGUACUACACCUUGGUCCAUUGAUAAUCCCCGGACAACUUUUGCUACUUGUGAGCCUCUACCUGGUAUGAGCAUAGCCAAACGGUUGGUUCCACAACUUCGUGAAACAUUCAGUGAGUUGUACAAGCCAAUGCAAGACCCUCUAAUUACACGUUGUGUUGAGAUCAUGGACUUGGAUAAAACCAACACGACUCGCAGCACUGCCGUAUCUACCACUCUGAAAAGCAUUUGGUCUAAGGUUUACCCAAAACCACGGAGAUGUUGGCUUCCGACUGGUUGCUUGAAAUUACUUGAGGUUCUCCAUGAGGUGUUACCAAAGAUGUCUUUGAUUGCUUCUGAUUUCAGCUACCUGCCAGAUGUGAAGUUACCUGGUGAAAGAGCUCCCUUGGUUUCAACUAAAAAAGAUGGGAGCAGCUCAGAUUAUGACAAUUAUAUGGAGGCAAAGGGUGACGCUGAUAUCUUCUUUCCUACAGACUUUUGGCUCUUGGAGCGAAUAGAUCAUUAUUGUUCUGGGUGGCUAAAACUUCAUGGUGAUCAUACAUCAAAAAAAGGAAAGAAAAGGAGAACAAUUACGCUGGAAACAUCAUCUUUCAUGGAGGAGUUUGGUUUACCCACAAAAACGAGAACUAAGGAUGGAUAUAACCCACUAUUGGAUGACUUCAAGAAUACCAAAUUUUAUCUUAGUGUCCCUACACACAAUAUUAAGUAG